UGGCAAAAUCCCCCUUCUCUCUCUCCCCCCCAUCUCCUGCUUCUGAUCGUCUUCUCCGGCAUCUCGUUGUUUUUGUGCUCGAAAGCCUUGGGCUUCUGAGUUUUGCUGCUUGAGCCACCGGGUUCUCCGGCUGCUCAAGCCUGAUGGAGCCGGCCUGCUCCCUGCUCCGAUGACCCCAUGAGGUCUCACAGCUCCUUGUUCCCUCACGCAAAUCUACCCAGCUGCAUGAUGGAAUUCGUAGAUCUGGCGGCCAUCGCCCAGAUCUGGUCUUCGCCUACACGAUUUGUUCUGUUUUUUCAAACUAUUGUGGUUGAUUUUUGGUCCUGAUUUUGCUAUUGUUCUUUGUCUUGAUGGAACUGGAACUAGAAUUUUUGGUUCUCUUUAAACCAGUGCUCGCUGGUUUCUGUGUUGAUUUCAUCGGCAUUUUAGGUUUUGGUUUGCUACAUAUCGAGUCUUCGGUGGUUCAAUACUGUUUCUUUUUGAUUUAUUUGCAUCCAUGUGAGUUGACUUGGUUUGAUGAAAUUCGAAUAUGUAUUUGAGGUUUUUUUUUGGACUGUGAUUUAGUUUCUCUUUGUUGCAUUUCAAUGGUGUCAGAGGAGUCAUUUGGGUUUGAGAAAAACCUAGAUUUGGGUUUGAUUUGGAGAGGAAGAGGAAGGGACAAGAGAGAGAGAAAGUGAAAGAGGAAGAAGAGAUGACAUGGAGGUUUUAUUGGUAGACUGUGAUUUAGUUUCUCUUUUGUUGCAUUUUAGUGGUAUCGAAGGAGUUAUUUGAGUUUAAGAAAAACCCAGAUCUGGG